UUGAAGUUUGACAAGGUAGAAACCCAGGGGAAUACCUCAGUUACCGUGACCUGCACUGUUGAAAGCAAUCCCAUUGCUAAGAUGACAGUAGAGAACAUUGACAGUGAGGCACAACCAGCUUUUGGAGUUUCAAAUACCCUCACCUUCACAACAAAGACGCCUUGCCUACGAAACAUGUUUCGUUGCACAGCUGAGAACUAUCAAACAGGCAUGCAGCUCUCCACUGUGGGACGGUUAAAUAUUGCGUGUUCCCCACGUCCUGACUCUAGAAAGCAAUCAACCAACAUGGUAAUGGGAAAACUCAAGACUACUGCUUUACUGACAGCAGAUGUCAUAGCCAACCCAGUACCUAACUUCACCUGGUAUCAUUAUCAAGGGAUGACCCCGGGACCGGUUGUUGUUGGAACAGACAAUGUUGUCCUCACUAACGGUCUUCAGUCUGUUUUGAAAGUGCACAUCAAACGUGACGAGGAUUACGGAAUUUAUCGUGUUGUCGUUCAGAACAGUGUGGGGACCACUUCUCUUUUCUUCAGUUUAACAAAAGAUGUGCUGACACCGGAGGCCCCAUCAUGGAACAUCCUCCCUGUAGCUGCCGGUGAGGGAGUUGUCAUUGUGAUCCUGAUUGUGGCAAUCGUCGUCAUAGUAUACAGACGAAGUCUCUUUAAAGUUGGUUUAAAGAAAGGUGGUGUUGAUUCCAGCGGUGAAACAAUAACGGGUCAACAACAAGAUGACAGUUGUCAACGUGGACGGGAAGUGGAUGGCACCUUGCCUGCUGAGACAAAUACGUAUUCAAGUGUUGAGACGGAGGCUGACAAACAGACAUAUACAGAACUAAGGGAAUUUGAAACAGUCGGAGAUUCACCCACUCAGGGUUAUUCUUCUUAUGAGAGUCUUCACGAGAGAACACCACAAGUAUAUGAAGACAUUAAAAGAUCGACUCUUGUUAAUGGAAAAGAAACAAACUGAGGUAAUCAAGGAAGAUAUGAAAACGCAAGGCGAGAGUCGACUGACUGCAAAAGGACAUUGACGUCCAAGUGAACUUCAAAUGUCUGUUUAAAAUGCCAUGGCUUUGAAUUGCUCUUCCGCUUAUUCAAUGACGACUUCUAACUGUAUAUGCCUUCAUAUGUAUCGUGAAUUGUCUUGUACUGGCUUCAACCUAAAACAAUUACACUGCUAUACUGUCCCGAUGAGGAUUACUUAAACAGAGACAGAAGGAAGGACAGAAGAACGGAGGGAAAUAAGUAAUUACUUAGGCAUGUUUAUGUUUGAACAUUGCUCCAGAAGGCAUGAGGGAUGACUUCAACUGUCAACUAUCCCCUUUUGUCAAGCAAUAUUCAAGUAGCUUCCGCUUUUGAUAUCUACAUUUCACAAUCUGCAAAAGUUGAUUGAUCGUUACAGGCCUCAGCGAAAGCUUUCCGAUGCAUUGGUGCUUGUCUUGCCUUUGAAGCGUUUGUGACGGGUACCACCCAGUGGGGUAGAAUACGCUAACUAAAUGCAAACACCUGUUAUCAACACUUUUUUAUAUUGAUUUAUUUACACCUGCUUAUGAUGUGUUUAGGAUUCUUACAAUGAACUCUCACUUCAGCAAAAUGUCUUUUUCAUUGGUUUUGUGUCGUAUUUACAAAUGACAGAAGAGAAAUAAUAUUAGAAAGACCUUUUGAGUGUCAAAUGAACUGGUUUUGGAAUAACCCAGUGUUUUUUUCGUUUCGAAAGGAAUUUGACCACAAACGACAUUUCCAUCAGUUGUUGAAAGAGUGACACAAUUGUUUGUUUCC